AUGACGUUAUGUGACGAUGCGGAAGGCCGUCUUGCGUCAUGGAGCGGGAAUUUGAAUUGUAUUCAAUGCGACUCGGAGACAGUUGAAGUACGAGAUGAACAGUUGCUCGUAUGCAAUCACAAAAAGGAGUAUUGUCGACUGAAAAACAUCGAUAAAGGCGAAGAAGACGAUGUUUGGAUGAUGACGGCAAUAUUCUUUGCUAUUCAUCAGAAUGUCGUCAAAGCAGACCUGCAGUGCAAGUCGGCCAAUGAUGACUCCAAAGGAUUGAUCUGGAACAGAGACAUCAACGCUGCUGUGAAUAUCCGUCGCAUUCUCCAGGCGUACAUAAAUUCCGGUUGUCGUCUUGAUUCAAGACCUGCUUCCCUGCAAAGACACACACAAGCUGCGCUUGACGACGAAAGCCUCGUCGACUAG